AUGGAUCACACUAUCCGUAUUACUUUCCGCUCUAUCUUGGGAAGAAACCCGGCCCGAGAAGACGCUUUCCCAAACGUUUCGAGGGCAAUUGGCUGGCUUGACCCAUGCGCUGUCAGUAUCGAUAUGCCAUCCUUCAGCAUCGAAGUGUUGGGUGUCGCCGUUCUGACGGGAGUGUUGUGGACUCUCGUCCGUCGAUCUCGCCGUAAGACCGUACUCGACAACAUUCCAGGACCGCCUUCCGAGUCGUGGCUGAACGGUUCGCUGGACCAAUUAAUGAACCGCAAAGCCUGGGAUUUCAAUCGACAUAUAGCAGAAACCUACGGAAGUGUCUCUCGCAUCAAGGGAACCUUUGGAUCCAACGCCCUCUUUGUGUACGACCCGAAAGCACUGCACCAUAUCCUUAUCAAGGAUCAACAUACCUAUGAGGAACCAAACAGCGUGAUUGAGGCCAACAAGGUCCUUUUCGGAGAAGGUCUCUUCACAACUCAUGGUGAACGCCAUCGCCAUCACAGGAAGAUGCUCAACCCGGUAUUCUCGAUUAACCAUAUGCGCGAGAUGGUCCAUAUAUUCUACGAAGUCUCUCACAAACUGGAAAACACCUUAGUAAAAAUGACCGAGCGCGGACCGAAGGAGGUCGACAUUCUGGGGUGGAACACCCGCCUCGCAAUGGAACUUAUCGGUCAAAGCGGGCUCGGAUACACCUUCGAUACCUUGGAAGAAGGCGCCAUCCCCCACCCCUUCGCGAACGCCUCUAAGCAACUUAUUCCUAUGUCAGGCGACUCCCCUGCCAUCAUGAGCGAGUGGGUUGUUCCAACCAUGACGCGCAUCGGCUCUCCAAGAUUCCGGCGGUUUCUCGUCAACUGCAUGCCCUUCAAAUUAGUCCGGACGCUCCGUGAUAUCCUCGACACGAUACAUAGUACGGCCUUUGAGAUACUGGAGUCAAAGAAGAAGGCGCUGCGCGAAGGCGACGGGGCUCUUGCGGAGCAUAUUGGGCAUGGGAAGGAUAUCAUUAGCAUUUUGAUGAAGGCAAAUAUGGAAGCUUCCAGAGAUGAGAGGCUCACUGAUGCGGAAUUACUCGGACAAAUCACCUCUCUGACCUUCGCCGCUACCGACACGACAUCUGGAGCGCUCUCCCGCAUCUUGCAUAUCCUUUCCACCCAUAGAGACUAUCAGACCAAAGUUCGUGAGGAAAUUCGAAACGCCAAGAAAGAAAAUGGUGGCGAGGAUAUUGGCUACGACACUUUGGUCUCUCUCCCUCUUCUGGAUGCAAUCUGUCGCGAGACGCUUCGCUUGUAUCCGCCGAUCUCGAACCUCUUCAGAACGGCUGUGUCCGACAUCGUCCUUCCCCUUUCCGAACCAAUCAAAGGACUCAACGGUGAGGAAAUAAACGAAAUUCCAGUUCCCAAAAACACCUCGAUCUGCGUCUCCAUCUUGGCCUCGAAUCGAAACCCGAAACUGUGGGGCCCGGAUUCGUACGAGUGGAAACCGGAGCGAUGGCUCAAUCCCCUCCCGCAACCGUUGAUCGACGCGCACAUCCCUGGGGUGUACUCCCAUUUGAUGACGUUCCUCGGAGGCGGAAGGUCUUGCAUCGGCUUCAAAUUCUCGCAACUCGAGAUGAAGGUCGUCCUUGCCCUCCUGCUCGAUAAGCUCGAAUUCUCCCCUUCCGACAAGAGCGUGGUAUGGCACAUGACGGGUAUCGUCACACCGCAUGAAAACUUCGAGAGCAAGUACCCCAUACUUCCAAUUGUCAUCAGCCGCGCAGACUAA